UGUACUGCCCGGCAAACGCAAGCAAGUCCAUUUGGAAUAAGGUGCCACCGCCCGGCGUGCGCCCAGGAUGAUAAUGGAGCGGGGCCCAUCAAGGUCAGUCGAACUGUCGAAGCAGAAGAGAGAGCCAAGACCAUAAAAGCCAGACAGACAUGCAUGACGUUGCGGCAAGGCGUGCAGACCGCAGCGCAGCGCAGGGCGACAGACGGGACCAGGGCACCAUCCGUUGGCUUGCCGUCCCCUACCCUCACGAAGCAUACUCCGUACUUCCUACAUAUGCCUCCUCCUUCUUUCAUGGUCCUAGGCGCAGGCGUAGGAGCAAGCGCGUGCGGCGUGCGGCGUGAGGCGUGCUGA